AUGCUGAGUCGAUUUGAGUUUGUUUAUCCAGCACGUACCCGAGUGUUAGCUGUACCUGUUAACAACUGUUCCAAGUCCAACUUUGAUAAAUAUGUUUCGUUAUUGAGAUCUGCAAACCCGGAGGUCAGACUCUUGGAGGUCCCGCCUAUGCCAGAAUUGAGACAUUUCAAUCCGCAGCCUUACCCCAAUGGUAGAGUGUUGUACGAUAUAGUAACAAGCACCAAUGACUUGAAUAUUUUGCAGUUGCAUAACUUUGAACCUUUCAGGAAGGAGUUCAUAGUUGUUGCCAUAGGAACAUAUGAAGCACAUGUUGAUACUGAAGAUAUUGCUCAUACGCUCAAUGCCUCAUUCCCCAAUGCAAUAGUACACAAUGUCAUACUAUUUGAUACUCCAUUGGAUGUCAUUAAAGCCAAAGUCAUCCCAAGUGACCAUUCUCCAAAGACUUCAUUCUAUCAUCAUGAUCUGGAAGUAGUCACUGGUGGCUUGGACUCGAUUUUGGUGGAAAUCACCAGAAAUUACCUCCACAGCUUGGAUAACUACGUGAACUCGUUUACAAUAGUUACCUUGAGAUCUCCUGUUUCUGAGGGGAAAGUAUUGGUGAAAACAAUCCAUAAAAAUAGUAAUACUAACCAAAAACGAUUCAGUUCCGGGAAUUUUAUAUCUUCACUGAUUGAAACUAAAAUGAAAUUACAGCAUGUUGGUAGGAAGAAUAAAGUCAUGGGUAAUUUCUAUCUUCUAGCAGGGAAAUAUACUGACGCCAUGAAUGAGUUUUCAGAGGCAAUACUAGCUUUGAAAAAAUGUGAAGAUUAUCUUUGGCUUGGAAGUGCUCUUGAAGGUAUGCUUAUAACAAUUGCUUUACUUCAAUAUAUUGGAGCUAACUUUCAAAUGCCAGUACUUGCAUUAACAGCUGCAUUACAAAUUUCAUCUAAAAAAUUACAAUCCCUUGCGUCCUUAGACACCACCUCCACCACAAGAAGCUCAAUGGAUUCAAUAAGAUCUGCGCUAUCAUCAAGUAACAGCACGCCUCAGGUCAACAUUCCUAAUUCAAUCACACCCCGAAAUUCAUUAGCCAGUCAACGUAACAGUAUUAAUGGUGGUGAAUUGAAUGAUGUCUUAUUCCCGGAGUUGUUCAAAUUGGUCCAUAAUAAAAUACUAAAAAGUUAUCAUUUGAGUACUUCUGAUUUCGAAAAUUGCAUACCUGAUGUUAUACUUGCAGAGUACAUUUUAAGAGCAACCAAGUUUAUGAUUCAAAUUCGUCGUUUGGGGACCGAAGUGACAAAAUCAUUAACAAAUCUUGUUAAUACACCACAACAAGAAGAAUCAUCAAAAUUUUAUUCAAGAGAAGAAAUACUAAGAGAAUUGGAUAAUGUGUACCUUAUUCAACUUACUGAAAUCGAUUUUGUUGAGCAAUGUAACAUUUAUUGUGUUUUGGCCUCUAUAUAUUUUGAAUUGAAGGCCCACAGGAAACAGUCAUUCAUUUUAAGAACCCUUAUUGUCAGCCUAUCGAGGAAAUUAAAGGAAAAGCCUGACAGUAUUUCAGAGAGCAUUAAACAAAUGUCAAGAGAAGGUGGUGGUAAUGAUGUUUCUAGCAUAUAUUCUUUGUUUGAAAUGCUAUUUGAAGCAUACAAGGUUACUUCAAAACCGGAAGAGAACAUUAAAGAUGCUUAUUUGAAUCUGCAAGGUAAUUGGAUAUCGUUACAGAUACUGCUUUUACGGUUAUGUAUGAAUGUUGCAGAAAUCAUGAAGGAUUAUCCCUUUUUGCUUAAGGUAUGCUCAGUGCUAUUAACAAGGUAUACUCAUUGCUUACCGCCUAAUGAUCAAAUUCGACUAAAAGAAAUGAUAGACUACAGUGUUUUCGUAUCAAGAAGAAACAGUAUCGAAUUGCACACUCCAUAUUGGGACCCAUUCAUUGUUAGAGAUGCUAGACUAAGUAUCACAAGAAGUAAAAAUGAGCUUUUACCCUUUGAUGAAUAUGAAGUACAAGAUACUCCUCUCGAAGGAAAGACAAAAGCAGGUGUGUUUGAUCCUUACACGAAAGCCAAACCUCAAGUAGUGGAAGACUUACUUAUUGUUAAUGAAGUUUAUCAAUUGGUUCUAACUUUACAAAACCCCUUCGCUUUUAAAAUUGAGAUCAAUGAAUUGAAGAUUGUUUCUGAGAUUGAAGAUGAAAUUCAAACCCUUCAACAUUUGACAAGACCUGUUGUUGAGUCUAAUAGCAUAGUAUCCUCCAAGCUGAUGACCAAACAACAGAAAACUGUCCCCAGUGUUGGCAUUCAAAAUUAUAAAAGGCCUUCGAAUUCCUCUUCAAGCUUGAAUGGUGGAGGUAGUAUUAAUAAUGUUUCUGCUUCACCAGCCAAUAUUUCUCCAUUACUUCAAUCAACUCAUGCUGUUACAGAAGAUCCUUCUUCGCUUGUGAAACACCAUCCAACAAAUCUUAUCAUUGCUCCCAAUUCAAUACAACAAUUUCUAGUCCUGUUUAAGAGUUUAGCAACUGGGGAAAUCAUCAUUAAAGGAUUUGAAAUAGGUUUGAGUAAUUGUAGGGCUCAAUUCUUUAAUAUUGUUGAAAGUGAAUUUCCUUCUGUUUUAAUGAAAGUCAAGGAUUUACGUCUAUCUGAGUCUAAACCAUCUACUACAGGUUCUCCAUUGUCUAAUAUUAUAUCCAAUUUGGAGAAUAAUAAUAUUAAAAAUCGGGUUUUAACAAAGACAAUUACCAUAAAUGUUCUUCCACCUCAGCCAACACUUGUAUUGGAUAGUAUUCUGAUUACCAAUGGAUGGCUCAUGCUUCUUGAAGGAGAACGGGUGACGUUCAGUAUUUCAUUGGUUAACAAAUCUGAUGUCUUGAUUAAUUAUUUGUCAUUUUCAUUUUGGGAUUCAACAAUUGAACCAUUGAGUAAGAAGCUCAACCAAGGCUAUCAGACCCUAACACCAGCAGAGAUGUAUGAAAUUGAAUGGUUUUUAUUAAAAUCCAAACCAUUCAGUAUUGUGAACAAGGACGAGGUUGCCAAUAAAUUCAAAACCAUCCCACCACAUGAAAAGAUAACUAUUGAAUAUGAAAUAUUUUGCAAGAGAGGAAUAAAAGAACUGAAGAUAAUUUUAGAUUAUUCUCACAGAGUUGCUUCUGAUACCAUGAAGAGUUAUGUUAAGCAAUUUUACAUUCCAAUCGGAAUUAGUAUCAUGCCAACGUUAGAGAUCAUUGGGUUCCAUUUACUACCACUUUUCUCCAAUACUUUACGAGAUGCUAUGCAGCAACAACAAUCUGAAGGUAUUUUACAUACAGAUAACCUUUGCAAACUUUUGAAAUUCAUUGAUGGCAUUCAAGGUUCCAAAACAGAAGAUAUUUAUGAAUAUUGCCUUUUGGUAUUUGAUUUAAGAAACAAUUGGAAUCUGAAGUUGCACUGUGAGAUUGGAUAUAAAUCGACAGGAUUUCAGAUCAAUGAAGAAGUGGAAGCUGGCAUCACCACCAGAUACUUUUUACCGAUUAAAAGAAUCCAACACAAUGAAGUCAAUUUAACAGAUGCUAUACCAUCUUUGAGAAACAAGCAAUUUAUCAAGAACUAUUCCAUCUCUGAAGCAGAAGACAAGAGUAUGCGGAGACUUUUCUGGUUAAGAGAAGAGUUGCUAAACAAUUUAACCGGUUCGUGGGCCUCCAAUGCCAUCAAGGGACCCGGAACUCGCUAUGGAGAUAUUCAGUUCCGGUCUAUACGAUUGACGGAACCAAUGCUCGACAUAUUAUUACUACCGGAGAUUCAAAUGACAAGCACUAUCGAGACAGAAGAUGGUACUGAAUGUGAACAACUGGAUGGGAAAUAUCAGUUGACAACUGAACAGUUUUAUAUUUUGAGAACUAAGAUCCACAAUGGAGGUAAACGAGACAUUGAUGGGAUCUUUCGUCACGUUCCGUUUUUGAAGAACGGUUCCCCGGCCCGGAAUCAAUUAAGCAUAGAUCGUCGCAUACUAUUCAAUGGAGUGAUGCAACAACACUUGGGACAAAUGAUAAGACCCAACCAGACAAUAGAGUUACAAUUGAGCUUUACCAUAUUAGAGAUUGGAAUCUAUGAGUGGGGAAUGGUUUUAGAUCUUUUAAAUGGUGAGACCCAAGAACAGGUGGUGGGACUCGAACCCAUUACAAUAAGUGCGGUAUAG